AUGAGCAUUGGUACACAAGCCGUCGAGUCCAAGCACCACAAGAGUGGACAACGGCUCAAUAUCAUGAAAGAAAUCCUCGAUACCGAAAAGAAUUAUUUAACGGAAUUGGAGCUGUUAGAAGAAUAUUAUGCCAAACCUCUCAAAGAAUUAAUUGGUAAACAGAAAUUCAUCACUCAACCACUCUACAACAAGAUAUUCAAAGGAGAUUUGGUCAUUAUUAGAAAAACCAAUUCGGAAUUGUACCAUGAAUUAAUAGAAAAUUUUGAAAUGGAGAGAGCCAACAAAGUGCCCAACAAAACAUUUGGACAAAUCUUUCUUCAAUAUGCUCCUUUCAUUAAGGGAUAUACUCGAUAUUUCAAUGAAUUUGAUAACAUCAAUUCCACUCUCGAGGACAUUCGUAAAAACAACAAACCUCUUCAACUCUGGUUAGAUGCACAAAGAAAAGAAGCUCGAAACAAACCAUUGGGUGGUCUCUUAAUCACUCCAGUUCAACGUGUUCCUCGAUAUAAAUUAUUAUUAACAGAAUUAGUGAAAUAUACUUCUCCCAUAUCACAAAGAUUAUCCAAUGUUGACCAAUGCACUCACACAAAUUUCAGAAGUUGCAACUGA